AUGGUAUUGAUAAAAUCUAGUUCUACGUUUUUAACAAAAAAUAAAUCAAAUCGAACAAGUAUUUAUUUCAUAGACAGUGAAAGACCUCAACCAAUUAAAAUCGCACAGCUGCUUGGACUAUCUGAAAAUUCUAAAAGCACUCACAAAAAUAGUGAACGUAAAAAAAUACAACCUGAAAGAUUGGGUACAUUAUCAAGCAAAAAGAACCCAGAGAAACUUAGAAAACAAUAUGGAACAAAUAAUCAUAUUAAAUCUGUAUACUCUGAUAAACAUGUACGUAGAAAUCUCAACUUUAAUGAAAUCUGUAGUAGCAGUUCAAAAAAGAACAAUGAAAAUAAAACUCAGUCAAACAAGUUAAUAAGUAAUAAAGAUAAACCAAUUCAUGAAAAUGGUAGGAAUUCAAUGAGAAAAAAGAGUUUAUUAUUACCACCAAAUACUAUAAAAAAUAAACACUUGAAGAAAGGAAGUAAUUGUCCAAAAAUAUCUGAUGUAUCAAGAGAAGUUGAUGAAUCAGGAACUGAAUCUGCUGUUAAAAAAGAAAAUGAAAGUGUCAGUGUUAUUCCUACUGUCUCACCUGACAGCAUAAAAACAGCAAAAUCUUUGGUUUCUUCUCAAUGUACAACUCCUCAGCAAAUAACAAUAAAUGAGGAUCAGUUAUUAACACAAAAUAAUUCAAUGCAACAAAAAUUUAUUCCAAAAGAACCUAAUUUAAAAAGUAAAAUAUGUACAAUGUCAAGAGAGGAAAAUGAUUGUAUACAAAAUUUAUGUAACAAUUUACAAGAUACACAAUUAAUGGCUGUUGAAAAUGAUAUGAAUACAGAACAUGGAUUAUCUGAAAUGAUCUAUCUAAAUAAAGACACGAUUAUUCGUUUGAAACAUGAUUUAAAAGAUUUAUUAGAACAAACAGAAAAAAAUGUACUUAGAAUAAGAUCUACAUUAACAUGUGUUACAAGAUUAUUAUCUAUAAAUGAUAAAAAAACGACCCCUUCUAAUGUUGAUAUAAAGGAAGAUCAUUCUACAUUAAAAAAAGAAAAUCAUACUAUGGUAGACAAAGAAGUUCAAGUAGAAACUUGUCGUAAAUCGAUACAUUGUGCAGAAGAAAAGUUAAAAAUGCCUAUUACAGAAAUUAUAGUAACAGACACAGAGAUUAUAGAUAAAAGUAAGUUAACUCAAGAUACAGAAAAUGAUAAAGAGAAUAUUAAAUAUGAGAAUACAAGAAUAUCUGAUGUAAGUUUUAUGGAAUUAGAGAAUCAACUUAACAUUACACAUGCAAAACCUGCUGAAGAGUAUUCUAUUCAAUUAAAAACUCCUAUAAUUCCAAAAUAUAAACAAAAACGGCCACUCAGGGAAUACAUGGCUUUGAAAUCAAGCGUGAGUUUUUUAGAAACUCCAGAUGGCAAAAAAUUUAGAUCUCUAUGUCAAAUUAAUGACAUAAAUAAAUCUGAUCUCAAUGCAACAUAUAUAUCAAAUAAAUUGCUUACAGAUCUUAAUAAUUUAUAUUCUGAUUCGCCAGAAUCUUCAUUAUGA